AUGACGGUCUUCGUCUGCUCGCUGUUUCUCCCAAAGACCAUCCAAUUCAACCUGCCUGGCACUCCUCCUCGACGUAAUACGAUACGCAGCCGACCCAAGACAACAAUUCCACCAUCUCAACCACCUGCUGCGCCCGUCACUGAGACUCAACCCAGUCUCUUCAGCCCGCGUCCUGUGAUCACCCCGCCCCAUACUCCGACAGAAGAGACCGAAUCGCCAGACCCAUUUGCGAACGAAGAUGGUCUACGCAUACAGUUUCCACACGAGCUCGGCUCGCCCACCGAUGAGGUUGCCUCAAGUUGGGGAGCUCGUGCUAAUCAGCCCUUGUCGCGAGCCAACUCGCCUCCCCCGGCCGCAAUUUUCGAAAGAGAUAGGACGUUAGAAAAAGCUCGUGAACUUGGCCGGCGAGGUCUUGUCCAGCCUAAGCCACACAUGCGAAGCGACAGCCACGACCGAGUCUUUUCUUCUGCCCCAUGGAGAGUGGUGGAUGCCGACCAAGGCAAUGGCGGACUGCGCAAUGCCGCGGAAGCUGCAGCACGAGAUGGAAAGCUUGGGCAUUAUACUUGGGUGGGAACAUUGGGGAUGCCUACCGACGCCCUUGAGGGAACCCAGCAAAAGAUCGACAUCGAAGAUACAAUGGCAAACGACUACGAUAUGAUGACAGUGUUCUGCUCUGACAAGGACUUUGAUGGCCACUAUAGCCACUUUUGCAAGCAGAUCCUAUGGCCCGUCUUCCAUUACCAGAUCCCAGACAACCCCAAGAGCAAGGCUUACGAAGACCAUUCUUGGAAAUAUUACGUCAAUGUGAAUCAGGCCUUUGCCGACAAGAUUGUCCAGAACUGGAAGCGUGGAGAUGUCAUCUGGGUACACGAUUACCACUUACUACUGGUACCCGGAAUGGUACGAAAGAAACUUCCCGAUGCCAAGAUAGGGUUCUUUCUCCACGUUGCCUUCCCAUCGUCCGAGGUCUUUCGCUGCCUCGCUGUUCGCAAAGAGCUUUUGGAGGGCAUGCUCGGAGCCAACCUUGUCGGCUUCCAGAUCCAGGAAUACACCCGCCACUUCCUGCAGACUUGCAGCAGAAUCCUCAGCGUGGAGGCCACUCCCGAGGGCAUCGAAAUGGAGGAUCGGUUCGUUGAUGUCAUCAACACAGCUAUUGGAAUUGACCCCAUAAGCUUGGAAAAGAACCGUGGCGAACAAGACGUCUUGCGAUGGCUCAAUAUUCUUCAGGAGAGAUACAAGGGCAAGAAACUCAUCGUCGCUCGCGACAAGCUGGAUCACGUCCGUGGCGUGCGCCAGAAACUCUUGGCUUAUGAAUUGUUCUUGAACAAGAACCCGCAGUGGCGCGAGCACACUGUUUUAAUUCAAGUGGCCUUGUCCUCAAGCCAAAAUAGCGACCUGGAUGCUACAGUCUCGGAUAUCGUUACCAGAGUCAACUCCUCUUGGGCUAACCUGGCCUAUCAGCCCGUGGUCUAUCUCAAACAGGAUAUAGACUAUGCGCAGUAUCUUGCUCUUCUCACCAUCGCUGACGCGCUCAUGAUCACAAGCCAACGCGAGGGCAUGAACCUGACGUCACACGAGUACAUCUUCUGCCAGGACGGCAAAAUCUACCCCAAUCGCAAGCAUGGCUCACUUAUCCUUUCGGAAUUCACUGGCACAUCUUCGCUGUUUGGUAAAAGCGAGCUUUCAGUCAAUCCAUGGGACUACCGCCAGUGUGCGGACGCGAUCAAGCAGGCGCUUGAGAUGGGUGACGAUGAGAAAACGCGCCGGUGGGAAAAGCUCCACGAGUCGGUUGCUCGACACACUGGCUCUCACUGGUUUGGGGAGCUACUUUCCCACCUCGACCGUGCUUACGAAGAGCAGCACAAGCGUGCGCAGACAUCGGUGCCCCGACUUUCCAUCCCGGACGUCUGCAGUAAGUAUGAGGCAUCUGGCCGCCGUCUCUUCAUGCUUGACUAUGAAGGAACUCUGGUCAGUUGGGGGCCGGUCAACCAGAUCAUCCCGGUAAGCCCGCAAAGGACUCUUGACGUUCUAAACGAUUUACUCCUGGACGAUCGCAACAUUGUGUACGUCAUGUCUGGUCGUCAACCGGAAGAAGUUGAUCGAGUCUUCCGGCGUGUACCUGGUCUGGGUCUCAUUGCCGAGAAUGGUUGCUUCAUUAAGGAUUGUGGCUCUGAGAAGUGGGUUGAGAUGUCCGACAGCGCACAAAUCGACAACUGGAAGUCUUCGGUCAAGGAAAUUUUGCGAUAUUAUCUUGAACGCACCCCUGGUGCGGAGGUUGAGGAGCGCCACUGCAGCUUGCUGUUUCACUACGACGGUGCAGAAGACCAGGAGGCUGCCGCUCGACUUGCGGCUGACUGUGCUAGUCAUGUAAACGAUGCCUGCGAGUCACAACGGGUCCAUGCCAUUGUGCUGGAUGGAACAAUUGCGGUAGAGCCAAUGGACUGGACCAAGAGUACCGCAGCGCACAAGGUAUUCGAAAAUCUCAACAGCGAGGCUUGUUCGAAAGGCGAGAACAAGAAAGCCGUCGACUUUCUCAUGGUUGUUGGCGAUGGCAGAGAGGAUGAGAAGGUGUUUAAGUGGGCGAACAAGCUCGAAAAGCGACAGACUGUUGAAAGUGUAUUCACUGUCAGUCUGGGCAACAGAAGCACUGAAGCGGCGGCCACACUGACGCAGGGUGUCAGCGGUGAGUUUAUACGGGACUCCUUGCGAUAUUUAACAGAGCGCUGA